ACCAUAGUGAAACAAAAACUUUCAUCAUCAUUUUCAAUCAAUCAAUCAAUCAAUCAAUCAAUUGUUCAAGUUGAUUGUCUACAUUUCAAAUGUGAGAAAAAAAAAAUCAUCAUCGAAAUAUAUUUACUACUACUCAAAUGUGUAAAUGUCACCCAAAUGUGAUUGAAUUUCAUCAAUGAUGAUUGAUUUAGAUCAAUGUUUGCCACAAAGAAUUCACAACAACAACAAUAAUCAUCAUUAUCAUUCUAAUCAUCAUCAUCAUCAUCAUUAUUCUGCAAAUAUUCAACAUACAAAUUAUCAACAUCAAAAUGUUCAACCAAAUUCAUCAACAACAGCAACAACGAUUGAUUCUAUUGGAUCGCAUUUUCAUCAAACAAUGCCUACAACACAACAACAACAACAACAACAACAACAGCAAUCAAAUAUUAAUAAUUCUUUAUCAGAAUUUAUGACUAACAAUCAUCAUCACCAUAAUAAUAAUAAUAAUAAUAAUAAUAAUAAUAAUAGACAAUUCUAUAAUCAACAACAACAACAACAACAAACAGAAUUAAUGUAUAAUAAUAAUAGUAAUGGUAAAGUGAAACGUUGCCAUAAUACGAAUAAUAAUUCAUCAACAUUAAAAUUGAUUCAACAGAAUCAAUUAUUCUCAUCAUCAUUGAAUCAAUCUCAUCAUCGACAUCAUCAUUUAUCAUCACCACUACCUCAAUCUGCGAAUAUACGAAUCAAUCAAAUGACAAUGAAUAAUAAUAAUUCUAUUAGUAGUGGUGCAGUUGGUAAAUCAAUUACACCACCACCAUUAAUAAUGUCUUCGUCAACACCAUCUUCUGCAUCAUCAAUGUUGAAGAUCUCAACAAAUAAUAAAUCAUUGAUGAAUGGUAACCAUCUGAAUCUAAAUUUAAAUGAAAAUUCCAAUGAUAGCCAACAACAAAAUGCUCAACAACAGAAUGGUCCAAUAAUGACAACAGCAGAUACGAUACGUAGAAAAAAGAAAAGUCAUCUUAGUCGUGAUGAAUUGGCACGUGUUUGUCAAUUGGGUGAAGUGACAUUUGAAUCAUAUAAUAAUAGUACAUAUAUGAUUGCCAUACGUAGUAAAGGUGAUCGUAAAUCAUUGAUUGGUUAUCGUUGUGAUUGGAACACUUGUGGUUAUAUGAAUGCACAUAUAUUUCGUAAUUGA